UCGCGAGAUUAUGCUGGUUCCGCAUUUGAGAUCUCUUAGGUGGGGGAGGCCGGCGAGGUGGGCGCAGCAUCUUGCACCGGCUUAUACCGGCUCGACCCCGGCUCGGAGCAGCAGAGGCCAGUGCUUCUGCUGUCGGCGGGCUGAGGACUGUGGGCUCCGUCCCGGUUUCCGCGCCGGCUCCGAAUCCUGACCGCGGCGGGGGCCAGCGGCCCCUCCCGUCCCCUCUGAGGAUAGAAGAUGAGCUUCCUCUUCAGCAGCCGCUCUUCUAAAACAUUCAAACCAAAGAAGAAUAUCCCUGAAGGGUCUCAUCAGUAUGAACUCUUAAAACAUGCAGAGGCAACUCUAGGAAGUGGGAAUCUGAGACAAGCUGUGAUGUUGCCAGAGGGAGAGGAUCUCAAUGAGUGGAUUGCUGUUAACACUGUGGAUUUCUUCAACCAGAUCAACAUGUUAUACGGAACUAUUACAGAAUUCUGCACUGAAGCAAGCUGUCCAGUCAUGUCUGCAGGUCCAAGAUAUGAAUAUCAUUGGGCAGAUGGUACUAAUAUUAAAAAGCCAAUCAAAUGUUCUGCACCAAAAUACAUUGACUAUUUGAUGACUUGGGUUCAGGAUCAACUUGAUGAUGAAACUCUUUUUCCUUCUAAGAUUGGUGUCCCAUUUCCCAAAAACUUUAUGUCUGUGGCAAAGACCAUUCUAAAGCGUCUGUUCAGGGUUUAUGCCCAUAUUUAUCACCAGCACUUUGAUUCUGUGAUGCAGCUGCAAGAGGAGGCCCACCUCAACACCUCCUUUAAGCACUUUAUUUUCUUUGUUCAGGAGUUUAAUCUGAUUGAUAGGCGUGAGUUGGCACCUCUUCAGGAAUUAAUUGAGAAGCUUGGAUCGAAGGACAGAUAAAUGUUUCUUCUAGAACACAGUUAUCCUCUUGCUUCAUCUAAUGCUAUAGAGCUAUCUCGUUGCUAUCUGUUAUAAACUAGUGAUAUAAACUUUAACAGGAUAAAAAGACACCAAUUGUUUGAGUCUACUGAUAAAAACUGUCCCGAAGGUUGGUUGGCCUAGUUAUCUUCAGAGUGAGAAAUGCAGGACACAGCCAAAUCUGAGGCACUAUGUGACCACUCCUGUUAUUGUCACAGAAUCACACUUGAUUUAUGUGAUUAUUAACCUGUAGUUUAUCAGUUUACUUACUAUUCUUUUAUUGAAGAUUUAGUCUUUUUCAGGUUACAGUAUAAUGGAUAUUAAGAAUUUCCAUCAAUAAUUUAUUAAUAAGUUUCCACAACAAAUUUCCUCAUAACACAAUCAGAUCAGUUUUAUUCUGCUUUUAUUUUACAAAUAGAAGGGAUAUUUUUAAGUUUCCUUAAGAUUUAGAAUAUUUGUGUCACUUUGGAUAAGCUUUUAGUUUGAAGUUGUACACUAGUGUUUUUAUAGAAAAUACAUGUAUGUAUAUUUUUUCAAAAUCCACGAUUGCAAUUUAAAUCAUCAUAUGAUGUGUGACAGUAACCAAAGUUAUUUCAAAAAUUACUUUAUUUUUUAAUCUUUAUUUGGGAUUUUAUUCAUAUAUGAACCUAAAUGUUUAGGAGUGUGUAUCAGAAAUAAUUUUUUAAGGCAUCUAAGAUGGUCUUGUAGAUUUUUAUUUUGAAAUACUUCAUUCAGAUUAAUUUUAAUACGCAGCUUCAGGCUGAGAAAAAGAAAACUUGCAAAAAUUAAUGACAAAUUUAGGUCUCAAAACCACUAUCUUCAUUCACGUUGUCUUUCAGAGGCCUUGAAAUUCCAGAUGAGAGAAUGGAACAAAGUAUUCAGAUUACUUGAUUAUUUUGUUUUGAGUUUCCUUUUUUAAAAAAAAUCACUCCUAUAUGUUUUUAUUGUGACUUGAGACUUAGUUAAGAGUAGUGUAGAAAUGCACAAACUUUAUCCCAAUAAGGAUAAAACUUCAGGAAAACCGUAAUUAAAAAAAAAAACCUUGAAAGGUGUACACAUUUUAUACACAGCUAAAAGUUUGGUGUGUUACCUAUUUGUGUGUGUGUGUGUGUGUGUGUGUGUGUGUGUGUGUGUGUUUAAAGGAGACAAAAAUGGGAAGAAUAAGUAAAAAAAAAAAAAGUCUGUUGAGCCCCCAUUGGGGCUUCAUCCUGUUAUAAUUGUUUUUGUAUCAAAACUUGAAAUUAUUCUGUUUCUAUUGGGAUUAAAAGAAUCUUUCUCAUUUGUGAAGAAGAGAUCUGAUUUUCAUUAGGUUUCUGACAGUUUAAAAAUGUAUUGACCACAAGUAUACUGAAGACUUGCAAUAUUGGCGCCACUUUGUCAGCAUUCUGUCGCAGAGCUGUGUCUUUUGCAAAGUACUCACCAACUUCCUUGAUGGCUUUGACAAAGGUUAGUUUUGACAGGGUUUUUUUGAUAUUUAUUUUUAUUAUUCCACUAGAGUAUAAAGAAAAGAAUUGCUUAGAAACUUCAUUUUUAUAACAAUUUCAAUAAAUUCUUAAACAUACAGAAUUUUAACGGAAACAACAUUUUAUUUGAUUUAGGCAGAAACCAUACCUCAUUGUUUCAGGAAUUAAAGAGUGGAAUAAUCAACUAUGAAAAAAAGAGAAAAGCCUUCUAUGGGAAAUUCCACAAUCCACAGUUUAAGUUUAUUCAAACUUAUGUCAGGUGGUUUGUAUGUUUAUAUUGAUCAUUUACAAACAAGAAAGCAAGUUUCUAAAUGCCAUCUAGAGUGUUAACUGCCUCUUGACUUUAAACAUUGUUGGCUUUAAUUAAGUCUGCAAAGAAUGAAAUUAGAUUUAACUACGGUUAUACCCUCAUCAUCAUUUCUAGUAUUUCAGAUAUUCUCAACAAAAGGAUUCUCACUUUUUCCCAUUUAUUUUCAGUGAUAGAAAUCCUCCCUCUCUUUAUAACUCAGCCCUAAAACGAACCAAAGAUGGUCAUGUUAGAAUAGUAGUAAAGGCCUCUUAUUAAUAAAACAUAAAAUUGUUGGUAAUUUGAAAGUCAGAAUGUCCUCUUUUUAACAAAAAAAAAUUGAAACAUUACCAGGUUCCCAAGCUAAUCUGGCUUAACCAACAAUGCAUCUAAACAUUAGUGUUAACAUUAUUUGUUUACCUCCAAUGAUACGGAGUUGAAGACGGAAUUGGAGGAAGGGGAGAGGAUGACACUUCCCUGACUUGGCUGGAGAGCCAACCUUUGAUAAGACUUGGAAGAAAUCAGUCUGUCUUUGACUCCUCUCACUUUUGAUUUAGCUCCCUGUGCCCAGGGGUCUCCCUGUUCACAACACUCGCUCCCCUGCCCCCUCCCAAUCAUAAGUAAUCUCUCAGUGUCUGUCUGAUUCGCUGCUCCUCACACAAUAGUCAUGGGGUGGAGAGUACUUUGUAAAUUACGCAGUUAAUCCUUUGGUGCUUUUAUUUCCAGGCCUUUAAAAAAACUUUUGGACAAUGAGAUGCAAAUUUUUGUUUGAAUA